AUGUUCACCUUCUGUGAUAAAGUCCAGCCCUCUGUCGCCCUCUACAGGACAAAGCAGAAUUCAAGGAAUCAACACAGACAAUAUGGUGGGAAGUGCCAAAGACAAGGCCAAAGAAUCUGCUUCUUUGGUUUGGAAACUAGGCCAGAGCUGCUAUGGGAGGACUGGGACCCCGGAAAGGAUUUCACAAAGACCUUGGUGUUAAAAAACAUUCAUAAUAACCUUAAGAAACUGAACAUAAGGUUCCCAGUGUCCAAUUUGUUCUCUUUGUUGAGUCCUCAGAAGGUUGUUAUCAGUCCCGGUACUUCUUUCUCCAUUCCGGUCACCUUUAGACCGCUCCAAAGGUGUGAGUACGAGGACAGCAUUGAGUUUCAGAGUGAAAACGGAAGCUUUCAAGUAUGUCUCCGUGCCAUCGUUCCCUGUCACAUCCUGGAGGUGCCUGAUUCUGUGACACUCCCAAUCUGUGCUGUUCAAGACUGCUCACAAACUGACUUCCUGCUUAAAAAUGUCAGUAAACUCCCCACAGCCUUCCAAUGGGAUUGUGCAGCACCAUUCCAGCUGAGCCCAGAGGCAGGCAUGUUGAAACCAGGCAAGGAGUGUCAUAUCAGGGUGGUUUUUCAACCACAGACGGAGCUGGUGUACCAGCAGCAGGUGUACUGCAGAUAUGGAGAAGAAGGGGACAAGACUGAUAGCUGCUGUGGUGUACUGCUAAAGGGACUAGCCAAAUACCCAUAUCUUGAAUUCAGGAAUCACAGUGGCAAAAAGGAAGGAAAUCACUGCACUGCACCAGUUCUGCAAUUUGGGUCCGUGGCAGUGGGACAGCAUCUGUGUAAACACUUUGACAUCUUCAACCCCUCUCCCGUGGAUGUGUCGUUUUCUCUGUCCCGGCUGCCUGAAAUGGUACCAGUGUUUGGUUCAGAGUUCAGCUGUGAUGUCACGAGGGGGAAGGUGGCGCCUGGUCGAUCACUGCGAGCUUCAGUCACUUAUUCUCCUACGGUGGUGGACACUGUCUCUGUUGACUACUUGGCUCUAAAAUAUAAAGGGGCACUCGAAGAAACACAACUCAAACUAACUGGAACAUGUACAGGUGCCAUAGUUUGCUUGUCCUCCUCUUUGGUGGACUUCGGAUGUGUCAAAGAAGGAGGUUCUGUAGUGCAGACAUUGGAUCUGAUUAAUUCUUCGCCUGUUGAGGCCGUCUACCAAUGGGAUAUUGACUGUGGGAACAGUGUAUUUCAUAUUCUUCCAGUAAGCGGCAUUGUGCUCGCACAUAGCCAAACCAAACUCAGGGCAAUCUAUAAACCCACACAGUCUAUGGCACACCACAGGCGAGUGGCAUGUCUGGUACUACACAGGGAUCCAGUGUUUCUAAACUUGAUUGGUACCUGUCACACAGAGAACCACAAGCCAGCUAUCCUGAAACCUAAACAAUUAGUUCUGCAUGAGCUUCACAGGUACCCAAGACAGCAGUCACCAAACUCUGUCAGUGCCUUACAACAUUGUCAUAAUACACACCUGGACCAGCAAGGAGCACUUUCCACCAUGGAGGAGUUAAAUCAAACACCAAACAGUGCUGCUGUCAUGUCAACUAGACCUAUGGAUGAAUUUUGUCAAACUUCCAUGGAAUGCAUGGACUCCUUUUCAAAAUCUCCAUCAUCUCCACUUGUGUCUGUGGUGCCCAGUAUGCUGCUGUUCAACCAUAAAAUAGCAACUUCUUUUACAUCAUCAUCUGCUUGCUCACAGUCUGUUACCCUCACAAACAACAGCAGACUGAAACUCAGCUUGGUGUGGACUAUUUCCCCAAAUUCUCCAUUUGCCGUAUCUCCUGCGUUCUCUGACUUAGCCCCAUUAAAGUCCACUUCAUUUCAAGUAACAUAUGGUCCCAAGCAGGUUAAUACUUUGCAUGGAGGACAACUCGAAUGCUUUGCAUACUAUAAGGGUGAUCUAGGAGAGCAACUGAUGUGUCCACCCUGGUGUGUGACAAUAAGAGUCAUCGGUCACUCUUUUCAGCCGGGAAAAGAGCAGUCCAUACCUCGCUGCUCCCUGAAGCCUCAUCAAGUGGCAUUUCCAGCGCUCGGUGUCAUUUCCUAUCGAACCGUGCUGUUGCAGAAUGAUGGAGACCUGCCCCUUACUUUCUACCACAGAAAAGACCACAACUCAACAGAAUCUGUGCAUGUAGAGCCAGCCUGUGGUUUCAUCCAGGCAGGGGAUCACCAAAUUCUCACCCUCAGAGCAGUUCCCUCAGAGGAUAGUCCCAAACAGGGCGUCAACUUAUUCUUACAGCUCAAUGCGGGACAGUUCAAAAAGGAACUGACAGUUGUCAGUGUGGCAGAAAAGCCAUGUGUGUCUCUAGAAAAUGGCAGCAGUUUAUUUUUCCAUCCAACAGCUGUUGGCUCGGAAACUCAGCUCACCCGUCACAUCAGAAACUUAAGUCGUUUCUCUAUACGGUUUCAGUGGAACAUCCCGGAACAAGACCAGGAGCUUAUCUCUGUCAAACCAGAUGGUGGUGAACUGCAUCCCAAUGACUGCUCAAUCCAGAUGUGGUCCUUUCACCCUUUAGCAGAGAAAACCUACACAAUCAAACCUACUCUCACAUUCUGGCCGGUCCAAAGUGAUGGAUCCAACAAGACACACCUUACCCUUGAAGUGUUUGGGACUGGUUCCAAGGGCUCCUUAGAGGCUGAGAGAGCAGUGCUGGAUGUGGGGGAGAUACUAGUUGGAAGCUAUCAGACAGUUGAGGUUGCAUUGGUGAACCGCAGCCCCUGUCCUGUCUCCUUCCAUCUUUCUGUACAGCAGAUGCUUACAGAUAACCAGAUUUAUGACUCUGAAGCUGAGCAGUGUGACCUGAAACUGGACUGUGAAAGGGGAACCAUCCCCUCAGGCUCCAAAAUGCUACUCCAAACCACUUGCAGACCAGGCAGACAAGCCCAGUAUCUGUGGACCAUCAGCUAUCAGACUGUAAACUCCAGGGGGUUGGUGUCAUGCCCUCCUCAAGCACUGUGUAAAGUGCAAGCUAAGGGUGUGUUUCCCACCUUACAAGUGAUUGAUGCAUGUUGUGGUGAUAGCGUGGGCAUGCUCAGCAAAGUGCAAUUGUGGAAUUUAUUCCCUCUGGACAGCUUAAAUCAGCACCUGCUAUCCACACCCUCCCCUGCAGAACUCACUUUUCAAACCCCUAUGAGGCACAGUCUGAACAGUUGUCCUUCCAUCUUCACCAUGUUGGAUUUCAACUUCAGUUCUGCACCUCUGCAUUCAGACCCCUCUGAUUUUGUUUUGAUGUUUCACAACCCUCGUUCUAUCCCAGUUGACUGGGCCUUCUUAUUUCCAAAGGACCAGCAGAUAGAACUGGAGUACUGGGCGGUAACAGGAGAGUACAGCAGCACAGAGCUGGACCACAUGAAGCUUCUAGACAGUCACGUGUUCAGUGUUUCUCCUCGUGCUGGAACGUUGCUCCCUGGCCACAAGAGGGCAGUGAACUUCAGCUAUCGCCAUGACUUUGCUGGAACAGAUCGGCUUCCUGUCGUUUUCAAACUCUCUUAUGGCAGAGAGAUCUUGCUGAACUUUCAAGGGGUGACUAUAGAAAGAAAUGAACCAUAUCUUCACUUUGCCUCUACUCGACAUGUCUUCAGCUCUGUAGCUAUUGGGGAUGACAAUCCUCCAAGACAGAUGUUUGAAUUACACAAUGGAGGGGAAGUACCAGUCCAUUAUGAAGUGGAUGCAGCUGCGUUGUCACAACUUCAGGAGAACAACUUUAACCAUCCAGUGCUCUGCUGCCUCAAUCCAGAGGGAGACAUCCUUCCUGGGAAGACAGCUGUGCUUGAAUGGAUCUUCUCUCCACUGGAGGCUAGGCUGUAUCAUAUGGAUGUUCCUAUCCAUAUUCAGGACACCAAUUCAACCCUGAUGAGGUUUGAAGGAUAUGGGCUCGACACUUCAAUGCAGGCCUCCUCAAGCCCCUUUACAUAUAGCGAUUUUAAAGCUUGGGGAUACCAGGUACAGAGGACACCCUUCCAGGGACAGGUGUUAUUCCUGUCUGAAGACAACAUUUUCCUAGGCAAUAUCUUUGUUUCCUCACAAUCUUCAAGAAACCUCUUCCUCACCAAUGUGUCCCAAGCCGACACGGCUCACUAUGUAUGGGAACUGCCCCUGCAGGGCAACCAGCAGGUGGUGCGGAUCCACCCAGAGCAUGGCUGUCUUCGUCCAGGGGAAUGUGUCCUUUGUGUUGUUACCUUCACUCCUACUGAUUACCCCACCAUUUAUCAGCUUGAUCUCAUCUGUCAGGUUUCUCUGGAGGCCUCUCUUGAUCGGUAUCAUAACACUUUACGGAACUGGGAAGAAGCGCAGGAAAGACAGGAAAAUGAAUUUAUCAUCACAGACAAAAAUGUCCCAGAGCGCCAAAAGGUUUCGACAGAUAAGGAACCUUUAGCAUCUCCUGCAAAAAAAGGACCACCGCUCAGAAAAUACAAGACUCUUCCUCCCAUUAGUGCAAGUUGCGGCUGGGAACCAGUGGGCAGUUUACAUGCCAAACAAAGAAAAGCUGAGCAUCAGUUGCACCGAGGAAAAGCAAAAGUAUGGCGACGUCCUGAUCCCCCCAAACCUGCUCUGCUGCACCUGAGUGUUUCAGCACGCACCCAAAAGCUCCCAGAAAACCUCAUACGUUGUCCUGAUCGAUGCCAACGUUUGAUUAAGACACAGCAACCUGUGAAAUCGUCUGCAGGCACAUAUCCCCCUCCAAUAUCAGCACAUGGUCCUGUGAGAGAAAUCACAGGGAACAUACUAACUUCUCUGCUAAGGAACAUACUUGAUGAUUCAGCAUUUAUCCAGUCUCUGGUUACUUUAGCCUGCAAGCCCAAAAUCUACCAGCCUACACAACUGUCUACCGACCACGUUCUCAGUGCUCCACCACCCUCUUGUGUCCCAACAUGUGUCACCUCUUCUUCUUCCACUAUACCUCAAUCUCACAUUCGAUUGGAUGGGACAAUGGACAGAGAUCGGGCAGCAGGCUGUUUGGAAAACACAUUUCAAACACAGAGCCCUGAGCAUGUCCCUGCUGACAGCAGUGAGGCUGUUUUGCUGAACACCCUGCAGAACGUGAUGAUGGAAGCCGUCAGAGGAGAGCUUGUCCUUACAUCACACCCUUGCUCGGUCAUCCUGCCGCCGCUUUCUCAGAGGUGA